AUGACCAAUCUGUCCAGGAGCUCUUCUGGAUGUCAGCUGAAGAAAGGUGAUGCCUGGAAGCUCCGUCAACAGUUAUCUGCAUUUGAGGAUUGGCAGCUUUGUAAGGUAUAUGAGUACUUCCAAGAUGACCUUAUCUACAUUGUGGGAUCUUUGAACACUAACCAACUUCUUGCUGAACUGCAACUUCAGACAACUCAAAAAUGGGAGCAUUAUGUGAAAAUGAAAGAUGAAAUCGAAGCUUCUGAAUUCUCAGUGAAGUUGGUUCAAGAUGUUUUACAUGCAGGAAGAGAGGCUAUACUGAGUUUCUGGGAAUGUCUCCAUAUACUAUGCACUGAUUCUUCACCUCCUAAUCUAUGCUCUGUACUGGAUGAGAUACUUAAGACAGGUGAAAAUCUGGUGCAGCAAAUCUUACUGGAUGAGCUUGGCCACUCGCUGACUUUUGAAGUUAAAGACAUCCAGAAAUGCCACAAGCAACACUUACUGACUAAAACUUGGAAUCUUGUGGAAAAACAACCCCCCGGAACUACCCUGGAACAGCAAAGUUUCUGCAUUUCAGAGCGCUUUGUGAACCUAGUUGUGGUUUCCGGCAAUCAGUUUAGACAACAAUCCAAGAAUGAGCUCAUUGACACAGGUAUAAAGCAUGAGAUUUGUUUGCUUGCAGCAUCAAGUCAGCUAGAGCAUAUUUCCUCAGGUAGACUGUUCCGAUGGUGUAAUCGGUCAGCAUGUGUGCCCCGUAUGAUAAUGGUAAGCGGAGUACCAGGAGUAGGAAAGACCACACUGAUGCAGAAAUUUGUUUACGACUGGGUGAUGGGAAAACACUACCAGAGGUUUUCUUUUAUCUUUUUCUUCAAAUUCCGGGAACUUAACCAAAUUACAGAGGUCAGCUUGGAGAAGCUGAUCCUUCAGGAAUAUCCUCAUCUGCAACCAGAGCUUGACAAGAUCCUACUAGAACCAGAAAACGUAUUGUUCAUCUUUGACGGGUUGGAUGAGAGUGUCCACCAAACGGAUUUCAGGUCAACCAUGCUUUGUUCUGACAUAAAACAUGCCAAAGGUCUUGGAGUCAUUGUGGUCAGCCUAGUAAGACAGUCACUUCUCAAGGGUUGUUCUGUGCUAAUGACCAGCCGCCCAACCAAGCUUGCAUCAAUAGAUCUGGAGGCUUUUCAGCGAGUAUCUGAGAUCAUGGGGUUCUUUUCCAGGGAGAGACAAAUGUACUUUGAAUGUUUCUGUACAAACAAGGAAUUAUCCAACAAGAUGUUUCAAUACGUCAAAGAGAAUGACAGUCUAUACACUUUCUGUUAUAUUCCAUCCUACUGCUGGAUCAUUUGUACAGUAUUAUCAGCUUGCUUUAAGGGCAAGUCAACUGCUGAUGGCCAGAUCGUGUCCUCAAUGCCCAAAACUGUGACACAGCUCUUUGUGACAUAUAUUGCAAACAUUUUGUUCAAUCACUGCCAGGACAGCAGUGGCGCUCGUGAACUGUUAUCAUCCAUUGGACGGAUGGCAGAAUAUGGAGUCAUGAACCACACUGUAAUUUUUGACAAAAAACAUCUGAAUUCAUUUUCUGUUGACAUUCAGUCACCUCUUUUUUCCAGUUUCAUGACAGAAGCUGGUCAAUCUCCAGAAGUGACAUUUUCCUUCUUACACCUCACGAUUCAGGAAUUCUUUGCCGCUCUAAUACAUUACAUUGACUAUUCCCCCGAGAAGCUGCAGACAUCACUUCGAGAGGCCAAAUCAUUCGAGGACAACCGUGCUGAACUUUUUCUUCGUUUUCUCUGUGGUCUUUCAGACGCCUCCACUGGUUCCCUUUUAAAACCUUAUCUGAAGGAACUAUCUCUUGAAACGCCAAAGGUCAUCAUCAACUGGCUCCAGAAUUCCAUUUGUGAUGCUUGGAAGCUGGAUGAGUACAAAGAUGAUAACAAACAACUGAUAACUGUUUUUGAGUAUCUGUUUGAGACCCGGAAUAAAGUUCUUGUGUUGAAAUCUCUUGGAUCAAACCAAAGUUUAGACUUUUCCUAUGUCCCUCUAACUCCUUUGGAUUGUAGCGUGUUUCCAUUCAUUUUGGAAUCCUGCAAAGAAACAAAAAGGCUUAAUCUAGAGUCAUGUCGUAUUCAGAAGGAGGGUUUGGGAAGGCUUGUUUCAGCUCUACAUACAGUAGAAGACCUCAGUCUACGAGACAACAAUUUGAAGGAUGAUGGCAUUAAGAUUGUCUGUGCUGCAUUAAAACACCCUAACUGCAAGAUCCAGAAGUUAUGCCUGAGUAGCAAUGGCCUAACACAGAAUGCAUUGGAUCAUCUGGCACCUACUAUAUGUAUUAACCAGAGCCUGAAGUUACUUGACCUGUCUUACAACAAUAUGGAUGGACCUCAGCUCAGUGACCUGAUGACAGCUCUCUCCAGCGCUUCCUGCAGGAUAGAAGAGUUACUAUUGAAUCGUGCCAACCUAACGCAUACUUCCUGCUCUCAGUUGGCAUCAGCAAUAAAAUCAAGCCAGUCGCUGAGGAAACUUGACUUGACUGAUAACAGAUUGGAGGGUCCUCAUUUCUCUGAUCUGACGACAGCUUUGUCCAGUCCCACCUGCAGGAUAGAGGAAUUAGUUCUGAGCUGUGAUGGUAGAAAGCUGGACAGUUCCUCUAUCCAACUGGACUCUACAAUAAGUGCUAAUCAAUCUCUGAGGUCUCUGAACUUGUCAGGAAGCUGUCUGAUUGGUCCUCUGUUCACUAACCUAAUGGACGCUCUUUCUAGCCCGUCAUGUAAACUCCAAGAAAUAAUAUUGAAGGAUAGUGGAUUAACAGACGGGUCCUCUUCUCAGCUGGCAUCAGCAAUAAGUCAAAAUCAGUCUCUUAGGAAACUGGACCUGUCCUUCAACCACCUGGUUGGUCCUCACUUUAAAGACCUAUUGACAGCUCUGUCCAGUCCAACAUGCAGGAUACAGGAACUACAACUGGAAAAGGUCGGGAUGACUGAUGAACAUGCCCCAUUGCUUCUUUCUCUGAGAACCAAUCAGAGCCUUUCAGUCCUGGAUGUAAGACGUAAUUUUAGCGGCAACAGCGCACUCGGCAGCAUUACUGACCAGUUACUGGAAUCCCUGGAAGUUCUUCGCCUGCAGAAUUGUGACAGGCGGCUGGAUGAGGACAGUGGCUGUGAGCCUGGACGCUGGGAGGAUCGGGGGCGGAGACUGAGUCGCUCACUCCCUGGCUUGAAAAAGAAGACGUGCUCUUCGAAGCGCGUAGCCGCUUUGCUCUGCCACAUCACAUCGUAUAUACGCCGCUUUGCUCUGCCACAUCACAUCGUAUAUACCUCCGUUCCUUCACCCUCCACCGGCUUUAUCCCUUAG